AUGCCGUACGUGGAGUCGUGGGAAGAGUUUGCGAAAGCGGCGGAACUGUUGUAUUUGUCGGAGCCGUCAAAGUGUCGGUUUGUCAUGAAAUACAGACAUUCGGACGGAAAGCUGGUCCUGAAGUGCACCGACAACUCGGUGUGUGUUAUGUACGCAACGCAACACUCGCACGACAUCAAGAAAGUGGACAAACUUACCACUCAUCUCAUGAGACACAUGGCAUCCAAAGACAAACAUUGUGCUGCGAUUGUGUGCAUCACGUGUUUGAUGGCUCGCAAAGAGAUAAUGAGUUUGUCGAUGAAUGAAGAGCACACUCUGUUCGCCGCUUCGAUGGACAGCGGAGUGAAGAUCUUCAAUAUAGAGCCGCUGAUGGUUAGGGCUAACCUGGAAGAGCCCAACUCUAUGGGAUCGGUUGCGAUCUGCCAACUGCUUCAUCGCACAAAUGUGAUGGCAUUAGUGGCCGGAGGCUCUAAUCAGCGCUAUUCCGAGCGAUCGGUUCUCAUUUGGGACGACGCGCUCAAGAAGUUUGUCCUCGAAUUAACCUUCUCUUCACCCGUUCUCGCAGUGAAGACACGCAGAGAUCGUAUAAUAGUUGUGGAAAGACAUCGAAUCCAUUGCUUCUCUUUCCCGCAGAAGUGCCAGAAGUUGUUCUCAAUUGAGACGCGAGACAACCCGUUAGGUCUGUGCGAAGUGACUCCAUAUACCAGUUCUGAGCGACAAUUGCUUGUAUUCCCGGGUCAUCGCAAGGGAUCCGUACAUUUGCUGGACCUGACACACACUGAACCCGGACUAUCUUCGCCUCCCAUUAACAUCAGUGCUCAUCAAUCAGACAUCGCAUGUCUGGCCAUCAAUAAGUUGGGAACAAUGGUGGCCACGGCGUCAACGAAGGGCACUUUGAUCCGAGUGUUUGACACGAGUAAACGCACACAACUGGUGGAACUGCGAAGAGGUGCAGAUCCGGCCACACUCUACUGCAUUGCAUUCUCACAUGACUCGGACUUUCUGGUGGUGUCCAGUGAUAAGGGAACGGUCCAUAUAUUCGCCCUGAAAGACACUCACCUGAACCGGCGCUCGACCUUCUCGUCGAUAGGCUUUGCGCACCAAUACGUGGACUCGCAGUGGGCUUUGGCUAAGUUCACGAUAGCGGCCGAAUGCGCCUGCAUUUGCGCCUUUGGACCCGACGCAGCCGUGUAUGCCAUUUGUGUGGACGGAUCGUUCCAUAAGUACCACUUCAACGCCGACGGCACAUGUCUUCGCGACUCGUAUGACAUCUAUCUCGACGUUCCCGAAGACGACGACAUGUAA